AUGGAACUUCCAUUGCGUUGGGGCCGCGCUUGGGCACACAUUCGUAUAGGCCUUAGAGUGAGCUGGCUUGUACCAAUAUGCUUUCAUCUGGACAAAACUGUCAAGGCAUUAUUCCUCGUCAUCAUCUUCAGCGGUGCACCUGAACUUGAUGCUGAAGCACUAGAAAGAGACGCCAGUUACAGCGAAAAGGAAUUUAUGUCACUUUUAGCGUCCACCUACGGCUAUAACAGGCUUCUGCAAGACUCUCUUUUUCUGAAAUAUCUCGAGAUCGCUAUGCUACAACUUUACACUGUUGUUAAGAAGCCGCCACCUUACGAAUAUGAUGUAGUUGUAAUUCCAGAUAUGAGAAUCACCGCUGUUGAGAUAAGCCCAGCCACCGUCAAUAUGGCAAAGAAGUGGUUCUCUCUAGAGACCGAUGACCGCUAUCAAGUCGUAGUUGACGAUGGUGUUCAAUAUCUGAGGCGAUCUGUUGAAGAAGGACAACAAUUUGAUGCGAUCAUACUCGAUGCUUGUUAUCUGCAGCUUGAAGCCGACAUCAUUUGUCCAGACGAGGUGUUCCAUUCCGAAGAGACCAUCAAAAAUAUGGCAACAUUGCUAGGCCAACGAGGUUCGUUCAUCUAA